UGGCGAAUAACCAAUCAAGGUUCCUCGGACAGAGAACCUGAGAAUGUUUCAGAGAGUCUGCUAGGGUUUUAAGCUCUGCCAUAGUGAAGAAGAAAAACCCUAGCUCCGGUUCGAUUUGAGCGCGUAAUGGAUGGGCUGAAUGUUUCAGACGUCAACUUGCAAGUCCAACUACAUCCAUCAAGGAGUAACAAUGUCCGCAAAGCAGUCCUACGCGAGCUUAGCUCUCUGCUUUUAAGGUUCAAUGAAAAAUUUCAGGGUGUCGUAUUGGCGUAUGAAUUCAACAUAGAUAAGGUUCCAGAAAUCCUUCCCAGUAUGCAUCCUUAUUUGUAUGUCAGACUAAAAGCAAAGUUGUUACUUUUUUCUCCACAGCCCGAUAUGCUUUUAGAAGGAAAGGUAGUGAAAGUCAGACAAGAAUCAAUUCAUGUCAUUAUCCUUGGCUUUUCAUCUGCUAUUAUAACAGACAAGGAUAUUCGCGAAGAAUUUCAGUAUAAAACUAAACAUGGCAAGGACUUAUUUGUUAGCAGAUCUCACAAGCGACACGUAAUAAAAGCUGGAACCAUGAUACGCUUAUUAGUCAAAAGUGUGGAUGAGGAAACAUUAUGCAUUUCUGGUUCUUUGCUUCCAGCUCACACUGGGAGCAUUCUCUGGUUGGAUAAACAUGUGGAAAAUGUUUCACUAACGGACGGAAUUUGUAGGAGUAAUAAGAGGAGGAGAGGAAACGAGGAAGAAUCAGUUAUGCAAGAGCCUGGUAGAACCAGUGCCGAAGCAUAUUCUAUGGUUGACCAUUAUAUCAAGAAGUCAAAGAAACACAGAGAAUAUGCUACGCAAAAGCCUAGCAGGAGCGAAGCAUAUUCUGCCAUUAGUGACCAUUCAAUCAAAAAGUCAAAGAAACACAGAGAAUCUGCUAUGCAAGAGCCUAGUAGGAGCGAAGCAUAUUCUGCCAUUAGUGACAAUUCGAUCAAGAAGUCAAAGAAACACAAAACAAGAGAAGAGUCAUGAAGACUGUUGUCGUGUCCUUGCUUGAUUUUGUUACUUCAGGUGAUUUUUUAUAUUUACAUUAGUAUAAAUGUUAUAUUUCUGAACUAGCCAAAGGCAUGCUAGCCAAAUAGUUCAUCCAGGAUAGAGGGAGGGGGGCAAGCAAAGUAAAUUUUCUAGUUGUGAAACUCCAAUAAUUAAUGAAUUAUUGGGUUCAUCUUUCAUUUCAACUUAUUGGGAACUUUUUAUUAGGUUUAUCUCAAAACCUAUUUUUGCUUGCCAGGAUAUUGGAGGAGACAAAAACAUUUUUCUACUGCUAAUUUGGUUUUUGAACUUCAAAAGUUGUGUGUUGUAUAAUGUUUUUGUAGAUUUUGAUAAAUUAUCAAUCUUUGAGGUUAUAUGUAUGGUCUUCUGUACUUGUGAAAUGUUUUCCAUUUUUGAUGCAACGAGCUGUCCAAACACUGUUUCAAGUUGUGAAAUGUAUGGUCCAAUGAGACUAUUU